AUGGAUGUUUUUCUAAAUGUUUUAAGAUUUUCAUGCAAACUCGGGGUACCAACCCAAAGAUCUUUCAUUUUCCAGAAAAUUAGGCUGGUCAGGUUUCGAGAAAAGCUGAGAGAUCAAGACAGACAGCCUGAAAUAUAUCGUAGAGUGAAGCGAAUGACAGAAAUCUGUAAAAAAUACAACAUGAAAGGCGAAUUUUCUUCUUACAAAGAACUUAUUGGUGGUGAAUUUCGCUAUGUCGCCCUCGGGAUAAGUAACGAACCUUUGCUGAGACUUCGAAGCAACCGGGACUACAAGAUGGCAACGUGUGUUAACCUCAAGUCUGGAAGCAGUAGUGCUUUAGGCUUUUUAUUCAUAGUUCCAAAUAAUCGACAUAAAUAUCCUCAUGGUGAUGUACACUUAAGAAGCAGAACACCCUAUAUUUGCCUCAGUUUUGAAGAAUAUAAAAAUGGCUCAUUUCCUGGCUUCUUGCUUUACAUGUUUGUACGUCAUCCUUUUACACGACUAGUGUCUUUCUAUCGCGAUCGCAUUCUUUAUCAUUACAAACAGAACAACACCGAAAGAACAUCAAACCUGCCAGAUGUUCACAGUGAACUGACGCUUCCUAUGAAAUAUUUAGAAGGAAAACCAAUUACCUUUCGAGAUUUUAUACAGGUUGUGCUUCGUGCUGAUUUUCACAAACCAGAGACAUUUGAUUUCCAUUGGUUACCAAUAUGGAUGGCGUGUGCACCUUGCCAUAUUCAGUACAACUUUAUAGGAAAAGUGGAAACUAUGUCUGAUGAUUUCAAAUACCUAAGUUCACUCACAGGUCUCACAAAUGAACUGGCAGAACGACCACAAGGUAUAUGGUUUCAUCGCAGUGAAAGAAGCAAUGUCACUUCUUCAAGUCUAACUCGUCAGUUUUUCUCAAAUAUUCCAAAGCAAGAAAUUAAACAAUUGUAUGAGAAAUACAAACUAGAUUUUGAAUUGUUUGAUUAUUCACUGAACGAUGUUCUAUGA